GAAGCCUGCUGCGUCGUGUGGUAUCCCUUGCUGGAUGGCCUUGACAUUGCACCUUUUUAUCAACGGAUUGCACAGCUGACCGAGGUGCAGGGGGAUGCACUGGUCGUGGAAUUUGGGUUUGAGACAUCCGGCUUGACUUCGCUGCAGAGCUCUGGAAUUCUCAUGACCCACCCACCACAGAUAGACUCACAAGUCGCGAAAAGCUUAGAAGCAUUGGCUGAGAAGCUGGACCCUGGAGGCGUGGCGGGUGCCCGUGUUUCAGUGUUUCGGCUGUCUGCUUGGGAAGGGAAAAAGAUCGCCGCUCUGAGCUUGCUGCAUGUGAAUAUUAUUGCAGCCCAAUAG